UAGGUGUAGCUGGCCCGUACCCGCAUAUUGACAGUUGACACCAAUAAAAAAAUUUCCCCUUUCUACCGAAUCUAAUCCCUAAUUCGUAAAAUACUCGCAGUAUUCAUCGGCAGAUCAAAUAAUCAUUUGAUUACAGAAAAAUGACGGAGGCCGUGAUUCGGAAGAAGGCAGGAAUGGCGAGCAUUAAGGACAUGCCGGUACUUCAGGAUGGCCCACCGCCGGGCGGGUUCGCUCCAGUCCGGUUCGCACGUCGGAUCCCCAGCAAGGGCCCCAGCGCCAUGGCCAUUUUCUUUGCGGCUCUUGGUGCCUUCUCCUGGGGCAUGUACCAAGUCGGUAAAGGCAACAAGAUCCGCAGGGCGCUCAAGGAAGAAAAAUAUGCUGCCCGCAGGGCAAUAUUGCCAUUGCUUCAAGCCGAAGAGGAUGAAAGAUUUGUCAAAGAAUGGAAGAAGUAUCUCGAGGAAGAGGCCAGAAUCAUGAAAGACGUGCCUGGUUGGAAAGUGGGUGAAAAUGUGUACAACUCUGGAAGGUGGAUGCCUCCAGCAACUGGGGAGCUUCGUCCCGAUGUCUGGUAAAGAUUUGAUGGUCCAGUGUCGAAAGUUCUUCUGGUGAAUGGGUUUCAGCAGUAACAUAGUUUCUUUCCUGCGACAUUGCACUAUCCUCUGGCUGGAAUUCUCAUUUAAAUAAAAAUGAUGUUAAAAAAUCUGUUCACUCUUAUUCAAGCUACUUUACAAAAAUCUGUCAAUUUGCUUUUCCAACACGGUCCAUUUUGCUUGAAAAUGUGGGACCCAUGAAAUCCUCUGAUUUGUAUGGGACUCUUCAGAUUUUACGAUUUAUAUCUUCCUUUCGCAGUCUAAUAAACGUCCAUGUGGUUUC